UAUUAGCGCGCGAAGUUUGGGUACCAUAACAUGAUAAUUAUGAAAGACCAAGAUUCCGCAAAAUAGCAGAUUUAGCCAUGGAAAAUCUUCCCAUCAGUACGUUCCCUUCAAACAGGAGCCCUAGCAUUCGUGACUGUGAACAGGUUGCAUCAACGCAGAUACGCCAUGGCGAAUCUGCGGCCGCAGAUAAGCCAGUAUUUUUCCCGUUUCCUUUCCCUCCCUAUGACAUCCAGGAGGAUUUUAUGAAAACUUUGUAUGGCGUGCUUGAGAAUGGAGAAGUUGGAAUUUUCGAAAGUCCUACGGGAACGGGAAAAUCUUUGAGCUUGAUUUGUGGAGCUCUUACCUGGCUAAAAAGUUAUGAAGAGAGGAGAGAGGAAGAACUAGACAAAGCCUUCUCAGGUUCAAAACAAGUUACAACUCACAGGGACAGUGUCAUACAUGAGGACAAAGGAAAAAUAUUUAAUAGUGCAGAUGAUUCCACAAUGCCAGACUGGGUGAUGGAAUUUGCAGAGAAGCAAGCUGCUCAAGAAAAAGAAGACAGAGUCAAGGAGGAAAGAGAGCGAUUGGAAAAACAAAGAGUGCAGCUUCAGAAACUUAAGAAUGAACUAAAACCAGCAUGUGCAUUUAAAACUGGAAAGAGAAAGCAUAGUAAUGGAGAGCACACUAAUUUUGGACUCAGUGGCUCAGACAUAGAGAACAAAAUUGCCAGUGAAAUCAAUGAAGUCCUUGGGAAAACCACACAAGAGGAUCCUGAUGCAGAUAUUGUAUUAACAGAAUAUCAAAGUGAUGGAGAACAGACUGGAUCAGAUCAGGAAGAUGAUGAUAAUGAUGAAGAGCCCCAUUGUUUAAAGAUAUUUUACUGCAGUAGAACACACUCCCAAUUGACUCAAUUUGUGAGGGAAGUGCAAAAGAGUCCAUUUAGUGACAGCAUACGAGUUGUAUCCCUUGGAUCCCGACAGAAUCUUUGCAUCAAUGAGGAUGUUAAAAGCCUUAAGAAUAUAAACAGAAUUAAUGAUAGGUGUUUGGAACUUCAAAAGAAAGACAAAGAGAAGAAAAAAGCUGUUGGAGAGAAACCUCCAAAGAAGAAGAAAGUUUCAAAUGGAUGUCCCUUCUAUAUGUACCAGCAACUGCAGAAAUUCAGGGACCAUGUGUUGGUGGAUGUAAAAGAUAUUGAGCAACUUGUUUCUGUCGGUGAAGAACUUCACGCCUGUCCUUACUAUGGGACAAGAUUAGCCAUACCCGCGGCACAGCUUGUAGUUUUGCCAUACAACAUCCUACUUCACAAGUCUACAAGGGAAGCCUGUGGGAUAAAGCUUAAAGGAAACGUGGUUAUUGUUGAUGAGGCGCAUAAUUUGAUCGACACAAUAAGUAGUGUACACAGUGUAGAAAUCACUGGUUCUCAGAUUUUGUGCUCUCACUCUCAGCUGACUCAGUACCAGGAUCGCUAUAGGUCAAGGUUAAAAGCAAAGAACUUGUUCUACAUUCAGCAACUACUGUAUGUCUUGAUGUGUUUCCUAAACUGUAUUGGAGGAAAGGAGCAAAGUAAACCAGAAUCAUUGUCUAGUGCAAAAGACAACAGAAAGCAAGAAGUGAAGCUACUAACAAUCAAUGAUUUCCUCUUUGCUGCCCAAAUAGAUAAUGUAAACCUUUUUAAGAUAAAAAGAUACUGUGAGAAGAGCAUGAUUUCUAAAAAGCUGAAUGGAUUUGUUGACAAAUAUCAUUCUGUACAAGUGGGAACAGGAUUAACUGCUGGAGAAGAAGGUGGAUUGUAUGAAAGCUGUAAUUCACCUCUUCAAAUCAUUGAAAGCUUUUUGGAAGCACUCACAAAUGCUGACAAAGAUGGAAGGAUUGUCAUUAACAAGCAAGAGCGACCCAGUAACUCCAGUCUGAAGUUUCUUCUUUUGAAUCCAGCGGUCCACUUCACCACUAUCAUCAAGGAAGCCAGAGCUGUUGUUGUUGCUGGGGGAACAAUGCAACCGAUGUCGGAUUUUAAAGAUCAGCUCUUUACUUGUGCUGGACUUUCCAGUGACAAAAUGGUGGAGUUUUCCUGUGCUCAUGUUAUUCCAGCAGAACAUUUGCUCGCUGUAGCGUUAGACAAAGGACCUUCUGGAAAAGAUCUUGAUUUUACUUACCAGUCGAGAGACUCGAAGCAGUUGAAAGAAGAACUGGGACGACUCCUGCUAAAUAUUUUUGCUGUAGUUCCCGGAGGAGUAGUGUGUUUUUUCUCCUCGUAUGAUUAUGAAGAGAAAGUCUGCAAAUACUGGCAGGAAUCCGGGAUUCUGGAGAAAUUAAACGCUAGUAAGAAGGUCUACAGAGAGCCACGUAAAUCUAGUCAACUUGAUCAAGUUCUUUCCUCCUACGCAGCCUGUAUUAAGAAGCCAGUCGUAAUUGCCAACAACUCUCCAAAUGGCGCGGUGUUGUUCUGUGUGGUCGGAGGAAAGAUGAGUGAGGGGAUAAAUUUUUCUGACGACCUUGGUAGGUGUGUGGUCAUGGUGGGUCUGCCUUAUCCAAACAUCUACUCACCGGAAUUAAAUGAGAAAAUGAUAUAUCUUGACGCAACUUUGGGGCCAAAAGCUGGUCAAAUACAUUAUGAAAACCUUUGCAUGAAAGCCGUAAAUCAGUCAAUAGGUCGCGCUAUUCGUCACAAACGAGACUUUGCGACAAUCCUGUUGCUUGAUCAGCGGUAUGGUUCUGCUAGAAUUCAGAAAAGCCUUCCAGGUUGGAUUUCAAACCGACUUCAGCACCAGACUCGCUUUGGUUCUGCAUUUGCUGCCAUUCGCAAGUUUUUCGUGGACAAGCGACAGGCGGAUGAAGCCAUGACAAACACUAGACUGGAACAGAUGACCACGUGAAACCUGAAGUGACCUGAUUACCCACAGAGAUUUAAAGCAAAAUGUAACGUGUUUAUUUGAUAGAUUACUUCAAUGAAGUACACGGUUCCAAGUUUAUUUAUUUUUAUUUAAUAUAUCUAUUUCACGAAUGCAUCAUGAUACAUAUUUUCAUCGGCACAACGACAAUGAAAGCCCCUUGCCGAGUCUGCUCCAUUGAACCCUUCAAUCUCCGGGAGUGACCGAGACAGAAUUUCUCCUUAGAAAAUUAAUACAAGAUUAAGCAGAAAAAUGAUGAGGAAAAAACAAAGAAAGAAAAUAUCAGAUAGGGAUCAUUAGUUGAUCCAAUACCAAAUUUUAUGAAUUAAUAUCACGAGGAUUGUAUUUGUGCACGAUCCUCGCUGUAAUG